AUGAGUUUUAUGCAACACUUUGUUUCUCAUUAGGUUCCUGAAUGGUCGAAUGCCUAUUUGAAUUACCAAUUCUUAAAAGAAGUAUUAGACCCAUUUAAAAGAGUAACUAAUUCUCUGCCAAUCAUCAAUUUAACAAUUAAACUUAUCAAAGAUUAAAAUUUAGUUGCUAAUAUUCCAUAAGAAAUAUAAACUAAGUUAUAAAUCUUAGACGAAGAAUUUAUACAAUUGUUUUAAGACGAAACGAAUAAAUGCAAUUAAUUUUAUAUGAUUCAGGUUAAAAUAUUAUAGUAUCAAUACGAAACGAUGAUAGAUUCUGAAGAUGACCUAGGAAGAAUAAAAACCUUGGAAAUUCUCUAUAAAAAAGGGUAAUUGCUAAAAUCAUUCAAAAAUUCUAAUAUUGAAGCUUCCAAUCGAAUUUUAUCACUAUAUCACCAAUAUACAAGCUUUAUUGAUAAUUCAGAAAGUCACAUGAAUCAUUUCUUUAAGAAUUUAUAAUUUGUUAAUGAUACUUCUUUGAAUAAGAUAGUAAAGAAUAUUAAAGCAUUAUAUUUAAUAAAUGGAUGGGAUGGCAAUGAAUUAGCAAAGUUAAAACAAUCACAUGCAAUACAACAUAAACUCUAAUAUAUUGGAUUUCUUGGAGGGAUAAUACUGUUUCUUAUGUUAUCCUUUAUUUACUAAAGAAUCGAUCUUAAUUAUUUGAGCAUUUCAGAGGACUAUUCAACUUACUUACUAUUUAUAACGAUGGGAAUUCCUUUAUUUUAUUUAUGGUUUUUUUCUACUUUGUUGCAGAUCUUCAAAAAAAGAUACAUUAAUUAUUGGGUAAUUUUUAAGAUCGAUUACAUACGAGAUUCGAUAUCUAAGUUCUAUUAUUUGGCUGCUGUCAUUACUAUAAUCUUUUUACUAAUUGUUAAUUAUGGAUUAAUUUCUGAAUUGCAAUUUUAUGCACUAAGCAAUCAUUUAAUUUAUUAUCACAUAUUUAACUUUUUUGAAUUUGAUCCAAUAUAUGCAUUAUUUAUACUUUGGAUAUUCUUAAUAUUAUUUAUGAUAAAUCCAUUUAAGAUUUUUGGAUAUCAAGCUAGAAAAUAUUUUUGGAUUUUACAAAUCAAAACAUUGAGUGGUUUAUAUUAUAGUAAGGAAAUUCUUUGGAAUGUCGAAUAAAUGGUGAGUUGCAGCCAGUUCUUUAGAUUGUUCUCCUAUACCAUUCAUUAUUAUUUUUGCUAUUUCAAACAUUAGACUUAAUUUAAAGAAUUCAACUAUCUAUCGUAAGGUGUUCUUAUAGUGCCCUUUAUCUAUGGUUUCUAUUAUUCAUUAAGAGUUUAUGUUUAAGAUAAGAAAUCUUACCUCAAUUUAAUAAAAUUUGCAUCAAUGUUGACGUUAAUUUCACUCAGCCAAAUCAAUAUCUUUGUGACUUUUCUACCGAAUUACCUUCUUCAGAGUUUAAUCAUUUUAUGUGGUUUGAGUGUCUCCUAUGUUGAUGUUAAAUAUGAUUGGGGUUUAUUAAAUAAAUUAUCCUCAAAUUGUCUUUUAAGAUAAAUUUUAGGAUAUAAUAAAAAUUUCUACUAUUUCUCAAUAUUCUAUAAUAUCGUUGGAAGAAUCUGUCUGUUUUAGUAACUUUGCUUUAUAAUUCAAAGUAAAAACCUUUUACUUAUUUUGUGUAUCAUUGAAUCCAUUCGUUUAUUUUUAUGGAAUUUAAUAGCGAUAGAAAAAGAACAUGUGAUUAAUAUUGGAGAAUUCAAGGCUGUGGCUGAUAUCUUGAUUGAAAAAGAUAAUGAUCUUAUGAUUGAAUUAGGAAAGUUUUUGCAUGAUUUGAACAAUCAAACCUAUUUAAAAGGAUCGUAUAAGAAGAAAGCCUAUUCUUUAAAUUUAAUGAUUUAAAAAUUAGAACAAAAUAUAGAAUAAAAAUAAAUAUGA